CGUCGGGGCCGCCCCGGGCUUUUGCAAGCGGCGCGGCGGGCCUGCGAGUUGGGGCUGCAGCAGCUUCCUCGACCUGCCUCUCGUGCUUGGCGGCCGUCUGGGUCAGGCCCGGCCCGCGCGGGGGGCAGGCGGCGGCUGCCUCAGGCGGAGGCGGAGGUGCGGCGGAGGGUGGGGGCCGCUGCCUUCGCAGGCGCCCGGGCCGGCCCGCGCCUUUGCACGGUGCUCCAUGCAUCCGGAGCCCGCCCCGCCCCCGAACAACAACAGCCCCGAGCUUCCCCUCAGCGGCGGCAGCACCACCAGCGGCAGCCGCCGGAGCCGCCGCCGCAGCGGGGACGGGGAGACCCCGGGGUCGUCGCCGCCGCCGCCAGCCGCCGUCACCUACCCGGACUGGAUCGGCCAGAGUUACUCCGAGGUGAUGAGCCUCAACGAGCACUCGAUGCAGGCGCUGUCCUGGCGCAAGCUUUACUUGAGCCGUGCCAAGCUCAAAGCCUCUAGCCGGACCUCUGCUCUGCUCUCCGGCUUCGCCAUGGUGGCGAUGGUGGAGGUACAGCUAGAUGCCGACCAUGACUACCCUCCCGGGCUGCUCAUCGCCUUUAGUGCAUGCACCACGGUGCUGGUGGCCGUGCACCUGUUUGCACUUAUGAUCAGCACCUGCAUCCUGCCCAACAUCGAGGCGGUGAGCAACGUGCAUAACCUCAACUCGGUCAAGGAGUCACCCCAUGAGCGCAUGCACCGCCACAUCGAGCUGGCCUGGGCCUUUUCCACGGUCAUCGGCACGCUGCUCUUCCUGGCUGAAGUGGUGCUGCUCUGCUGGGUCAAGUUCUUGCCUCUCAAGAAGCAGCCCGGGCAGCUGCGGCCCACCAGCAAGCCCCCGGCCAGCGAUGCAGUCGCCAACGUCAGCAGCACUGGUGGCAUCACUCCGGGCCAAGCCGCCGCCAUCGCCUCCACCACCAUCAUGGUCCCUUUUGGCCUGGUCUUCAUCGUCUUUGCCGUCCACUUCUACCGCUCAUUGGUCAGCCAUAAGACGGACCGACAGUUCCAGGAGCUCAACGAGCUGGCCGAGUUUGCCCGCUUGCAGGACCAGCUGGACCACAGAGGGGAUCACCCCCUGACGCCCGGCAGCCACUAUGCAUAAGCCCUUCUGGGCCUGGGCACUUCAGAUCUUUGGCCUUACGCCGCUCCCCACGACCUCGUCCUGCCCCAGCCUUAAGGACAGCCAGCUCCAGGGAUUGGGCUUUUGUCACGGGGGCAGAGAGUGGAGGGAAGAGGCUUCUUCUUCUUUAUUUUUUUUUUUUUAAGAGAAAUGACUGCACUUUGAAACUUUCCUCUAAGAGAAUAAGCACUUCCUGUUCUUCCAGCUUUGGGUUUACCUCCUGUUAGGAGGCCGCCGGUGGGAGCCACAGUGGGGACAAAUGCUCCCUUUGUCCCUCCUCCUCCCCUGUGCCAGUGCCACUUGGAUGCUUCUUGUUUUUCCUGUCUUGAUCCCCCUCCCCAUUCAGUGUCGUGUGAGUGUGUGUGUGUG